AUGGAAUCACUUCCUAUAACCGUUUACGCUGUGUUUAAGAAAUGGGGAUACUUUUUUGCCACCAGAGCUGUGCUUGGAUUGCAUCCACGGCUACAAGGUAUUGAUUGGACAUGUUUUUCUGUGUUAUAUGUGACACCCGAAAAGGUUGCCAGAAGUGACGUUCUUCUGCGACACUUGGAGAGUUUACACGUUCGUGAGUUGCUUUCAAGGAUUGUAAUUGAUGAAGCUCACUGUGUGAGCCAAUGGGGGCAUGAUUUUAGACCAGAUUAUCAGGGACUUGGUGUAUUGAAACAGAAAUUCCCAAAUACUCCCGUUUUAGCUUUAACAGCUACAGCAACAGCUAGUGUAAAAGAAGAUGUUGUGCAAGCACUCGGUCUUGUUAACUGCAUUGUUUUUCGGCAAAGUUUUAAUCGCCCAAAUUUACGGUAUUCCGUUGUCCCCAAGACCAAAAAGUGUUUGGAGGAUAUUGAUAAAUUUAUCAGGGAAAAUCAUUUUGAUGAAUGUGGCAUCAUCUAUUGUCUUUCACGAAUGGACUGUGAAAAGGUUGCUGAAAAAUUACAGGAAUGCGGGCAUAAAUGUGCAUUUUAUCAUGGGAGCAUGGAUCCUGAUCAACGUGCUUUUGUUCAAAGGCAAUGGAGCAAAGAUGAGAUCAAUAUAAUUUGUGCUACCCUGGCAUUUGGAAUGGGGAUUAACAAACCUGAUGUCCGCUUUGUAAUCCAUCAUUCCCUCCCAAAAUCUAUUGAAGGCUAUCAUCAGGAAUGCGGACGAGCUGGUAGAGAUGGUCAGAGUUCCUCCUGUGUCUUGUAUUAUAGCUACAGUGACUAUAUCCGAGUUAAGCAUAUGUUAAGCCUAGGAGCAAUAGAGCAAAGCCCAAUGCCAUCUGGAUACAGUCGUUCAAAUGCGAUAAAUUCAGGAAGGAUACUGGAAACAAACACUGAAAACCUUUUGCGCAUGGUCAGUUAUUGUGAAAAUGAUGUGGACUGUCGGCGCUAUAUUCAGCUCGUUCAUUUUGGGGAGAAGUUUGAUUCUUCAACCUGUCAGAAAACAUGUGAUAAUUGUGUGAAGGUCACAAGUUUCGUUGAGAAGGAUGUCACCGAAAUUGCAAAACAAUUGGUUGAACUCGUUAAGCUAACGGGACAGAAGGUCUCAGCAUCUCAUAUAUUAGAGGUGUAUCGUGGUUCCUUAAGCCAGAUGGUCAAGAAACACCGACAUGAGACUGUGCGUCUUCACGGUGCUGGGAAGCAUCUAGCUAAGGGUGAGGCUUCCCGUAUAUUGCAACAUCUUGUUGUUGAGGAUUUUCUUGUGGAGGAAGUAAAGAAAAGUGAUUUUUAUGGAUCCGUAUCAUCUGUAUUGAAGGUAAAUGAGACAAAGGUCCGUAAUGUGUUAUUUGGUAGCCAAAGAAUUAUAUUGAGAUUCCCGUCUUCUGUGAAAGCAUCAAAGCCUGGGAAAUCUGAUAUAACUCCAGCCAAAGGUUCUCUGACUUCCGGAAAGCUGAAUCUUCCCAUUGACAUUCCUGACCAACCUCAAACUGAAGUAGACGUGAACCUAGCAGCUAAUUUGUACACUGCUCUGAGGAUGUUGCGGACAGCUCUUUGUAGAGAAGCUGGAGAGGGUGUUAUGGCUUACCACAUAUUUGGCAAUGCUACGUUGCAGCAGAUAAGCAAGAGACUACCAAGAACAAAAGAAGAACUUCUUUAUAUCAAUGGCAUUAGCAAGACUAAAGUAAGCAAGUAUGGGGAUCGGUUACUGGAAACAAUUGAGAAAACCAUAAACGAAUUUUACAAUACGGAUAAAAACAGCAGUGGCAGCAAAGGCAGUGCUGAUUCAGCCAAAAGAAGACGAGAGGCAAAUAGAGAUCCAGAUUCAAAUGCGGAGGAUGAUGAUGAUUCCUUAAUCAAAAGUACCGGUCGUUCCAAGAAAAGGACAGUAAGGAGACAAAUUAAAAAGGCUGAAAUAUAUGAUUCAGAAGAGGAAGAUUAUUACCAUGGAUGCCUUGAUGAGGACCUAGAUUGUAUUAAUAUUGAAGAUGAGGCAUUAGAUAAAAUAAAUGGUACAGAUGCUGCAGGAAGAGUACUACCUCGAUGGACAGCAUCUUGAUAUGGUGUAUGUUGAUUAUCUUAUUAUUGUAUAUGUCCCUUCAGGAUAUGAAUGUUAGAGUUUUUAUUGGACCAACCUUCCAUUAGUUUAAGUUUGUUGGAACAGUGUUUUGUUCCAACAGAGCAUUGCAGUGGAAGAUAAACAACACAAGCGGAUCAACGAUAAAAACUGUGGAUAACUUGAUGGCGAAGUAAUAGUAGUACACAACUACGGAUAUUUUUCUUUCUAUUUUAUUUAUUCCUGGCAUCAGUGUAAUUGAAUGAUGUUGGUGAAAAA